CUCACUCCCAACGCCAAGUACAAAUCUUCAGUUUCCUUACUAAAAUCAAACAACCUUGUAAUCAAUAUUAUUAAUAUUCUUAUUCUUAAUCUCUUAAUCUCUUCCUUAGCCAUGAAGACAGACGCAGAAGAACAAGCACGGCUCCAGUCCCUGCACAUGGCGAAUUCCCUCAUGCUUCUCUCCCGCGUCGGAGAAUCUCAGCCCUCGCCGCUGGCGUCGGGCCGCUUCUUCCAGUGCAAGACCUGCAACCGGCGGUUCCGGUCGUUCCAGGCGCUGGGCGGCCACCGGGCCAGCCACAAGAAGCACCGGAUCGUCGCCGGAGACCCGGGCCAGCUCCUCCGGUCGCCCGGGAAGCCCAAGAUGCACGAAUGCUCCAUCUGCGGCCUCGAGUUCGCCAAUGGCCAGGCCCUCGGCGGCCACAUGAGGCGGCACCGCGCCGCCGUCGCCGGGGAAAGGCUGGCUGCGGCGGUUCCUUCCGUGCCGGCGGUCGUGAAGAGGUCGAAUAGUAAGAGGGUUUUGUGUUUGGAUUUGAAUUUGACGCCGUCGGAAAACGAUUUGACGUUUGAGAUCGGGAGGAAUACUACUGCGGUUCGUUGAAAUCUAUAGAUCAAUUUAAUUAAUUGGUGUUGGAAUCUUUUUUUUUCUUGUUUUAAAAGGUGAUGGGUGUAUUGAUUUUGGAACCGGCCGACUCAUACAUGCAGGAUUCGCAGCUGAUAUUCAGAUUUUCGUUAAUAUUGCACAGGUUAAUACUAAUGGAAUUAUGUUUAAUUUUUGUGAAAA